AUGGUUGCUAUACAUCGGCUGUCUAGCCUCCUCGUCGGGCUUGGCACAGCCGUCGCCCAGUUCGUCCCCGCGCCAAAGGGCCUCACCAACGUCACAGGGUACGCCGACGUUGCCGUGCGCUACAAGCAGGUGCCGACGGGCAUCUGCGAGCUGAACCCCGACGUCAAGAGCUUCUCCGGCUACGCCGACGUCGCCGAGGACCAGCACAGCUUCUUCUGGUUCUUCGAGGCGCGCGAGGUCGACCCGCGCGAGGCGCCGCUCACCAUCUGGAUAAAUGGCGGCCCCGGCUCCUCGUCCAUGAUUGGACUAUUCGAGGAGCUCGGCCCGUGCCGCGUCGACAACGUCGGCAAGGUCUACGACAACCCGCACUCGUGGUCGCGCGCCAGCAACCUGCUCUUUGUCGACCAGCCCACCCAGGUCGGCUUCUCGUACUCGGUGCCCGUGCCGGGCAUGGUCAACGACGACACGGGCGAGAUCAUUGUGCUCCCCAACAACACCUGCCCCGGAAACUCCAACGGCACCUGCGGCACGUACUCGCUGCCGUACGCCAACCUCACGGCCAACUCGACCGUCAACGCCGCGCCCAACAUGUGGCGCACCCUGCAGGGCUUCAUGGGCGCGUUCCCGCAGUACGCGCGCCAGGGCGUGCACUUUGCCACCGAGUCCUACGGCGGCCACUACGGCCCCAUCUUCAACGACUACUUUGUCAAGCAGAACGAGAAAAACAUCACGGGGGCCGCCAGCAUCGACCUCCGCAGCGUCCUCAUCGGCAACGGUUGGGUGCACCCCAUCACCCACUACCAGGCGUUUUACAACUUUACCGUCUCCCCGGGCAACACCUACGAUUUUUCCCCCUACAACAAGACCAUCCAGGACAAGUUGUUCGACAACCUCUACGGCCCGGGCAAGUGCAUCGACGGGCUGGAGGAGUGCGCCAGGAACGGCGACGACAAGCAGUGCCGCACCGCCGACGGCUUCUGCGCCGAUAACGUCGAGACCUUUCUCGGGCGCUACGCCAACCGCGACGAGUACGACAUUCGCGAGCUGAACCCGGAUCCCUUCCCCUACGGCUUCUACCGCGACUACCUCAACAGGGCGGACGUCCUCGACGCCAUCGGCGCCUUUACCAACUUUACCGGCUUCAGCGCCGCCGUCGGCGCGGCCUUUACCUCGACCGGCGACGACGGCCGCGGCGUCGGCGCCAUCGAGGCCCUGCAGGACCUCGUCCGGCACGACGUCAACGUCGCGCUGUACGCCGGCGACGCCGACUACAACUGCAACUGGCUCGGCUUCCAAAAGGUCGCCGAGAUGGUCGACGUGCCCGGCUGGUCGCGCGCCGGCUUCGCCAACCUCUCCACGAGCGACGGCAAGGUGCACGCGCAGGUCAAGCAGAGCCGCAAGUUCAGCUUCACGCGCUUCUACGAGUCCGGCCACGAGGUGCCCUUUUACCAGCCCCUCGCGUCGCUCGAGUUCUUUGAGCGCGUCGUCAACGGCAGGGACAUUGCCACAGGCAAGGUGAAUGUUACCAGCAAGUGCUUCUACCGCAGCAAGGGAACCGCGGAGAGCAUGUUCCGCGAGGGGAAUGCGACGGUGCAGUGGGAGGUGACGCCGCAGAACUUGACGUACGAUACGGAUACCAACGGGCCAGGCGCGCCGUGGCCCAAGAGCGGCGGCGGCAACGCGUCGCCGGCGAGGAGGGGCAAGUUUGCGAGGAACUUUAAGCAGGCCAUUUUGCGCAGGCAAUGA